CAGUUGUGCCGCUAGCCUACAUGUACAGGAGCUCCUAUUUAAUAAGAUUUCCUGACAAGCAACACUACAAGAACAAACCCCCGAAGCAAAAGAGGAAUUGUAAUUCAUGAACCCUGCAAGAGGAAGGAGACUAGAGCAGACUGAGUGGGAGGUCUACCAGCAACAGGAGUUUCAGACCACCACCAUCACCAACCAGACAUGCUUCAGGGCAUGGACAGCAUCAGCAGUUGUUUGGGGGGUUCAGAGGGGGCAGAGAGCAGGUACGAGACUCCCCCAGCCUCAGAGCUCCAGAGGCUGAUGUGGACCAAACCAGGGACCAGUGACCAUAUGGAUGAGGUCCAGCCCAGGAUCUACAUAGGAGACAUGUAUGCAGCCAAAGACAAGAGGACACUCCGGACUCAUCACAUCACCCACGUCUUGAACGCAGCGGAUGGGAAGUUUAAUGUGAAUACAGGUGCCAGCUACUACAGGGAUACUAAAAUAUCCUACCAUGGAGUGGAGGCAUUCGACAUGCCCUCAUUUGACCUCAGUACCUUCUUCUACUCUGCGGCCAAAUUUAUCAAGACCGCCCUGAGCUCGCCCAACAGUAAUGUGUUGGUCCACUGCGCGAUGGGUCUGAGUCGCUCGUCCUCUCUGGUCCUGGCCUACCUGAUGAUCGAUGAGAACCUGACCCUGGUGGAUGCCAUCAAGGCUGUGGCUGCAAACAGAAACAUCUGUCCCAACGCUGGAUUCCUGGAGCAGCUCCGAGACCUGGACAAACAACUCCACUACCAGGCUAGACGACAAUGAGAACACGUUUUUGAUGAGACAUAGAUGGAUAGUCUAAUAGUGUAGGGGACAACUGUGCAGUCACUAUACUCAUACUGUAGAUGGUUUUAUUAUUUUGUAUAAAGAUGUGUCAGAAAUAAAUCCAUUGCUAAUGUGAUCAACACA